AUGGGUUUCUCAAAAUUGUUCUUCUGUUCAUUAAUUUUCAUUGUCUGCAUAUCGAGUUUAUCAAUUCAUUCUGUAGCUUAUGUUUCCAUCAAUAACAUCACUCUUUUGGGUGAUGCUUAUUUUCAAGAAAAUGGCAGGAUUUGCCUUACUCCUUAUUCACCAUCACCAUCACCUUCAUCUUCAAUUGGUGUGGGUAGAGCUCUUUAUAAUCAUCCAAUUAGGUUUCUUGAUCCUUCUACGAAUUCCAAUGCUUCUUUCAUUUGUCGUUUUUCUUUUUACAUCACCCCAUUUUCUGAUUCUUCAUCUUCUCCUCCACUGUUUGGAGAUGGUUUAACCUUUAUCAUUACUUCCAAGAAAUACAUACUAGGUAGUGGUUUUGGUUAUAUGGGUCUCUCCAAUGAAACUAGUCAAGAAGAGGGGGGAAUGUACAUUGCUGUGGAAUUUGAUCCUAGUUUUGACCCGGCUCUUGAAGAUAUUAGCGAUAAUCAUAUAGGAAUUGACAUCAAUUCAGCUAUGUCAUUUGCUUCUGUUGAUUCAACUUCGAUGGGUUUUGAUUUAAAGAAUGGUAAAAGAACGACAGUGUGGAUUGAAUACAUAGAUUCCAAGAAGAUGGUGAAAGUUUGGCUCAGUUAUACAAAAUCUAGAACUAUUAGGCCAAUUCUUGCUACUCAUAUUGAUCUUUCUAUGUACCUUGAAGAGUUUAUGUUCAUUGGUUUUUCUGCAUCAAAUGGAAAGGGAUCAGCACAACACGUGGUCGAGAAAUGGAGAUUCAGGACUUAUGGGUUUCUUCCUUCCGUUAAUUCCUUUGAUACAAGGGUUGAAGGUGGUUGUUUUAUGUGUGUUCCUGAUGAUGUACUACCAAAUGAUACUGCUCAGACACCCUCAACAAGAAGCAGGAAGAAUGACCUAGUUCUUGGAGUUGGCGGGGCAGCAUUUUUUGUCUCGGUUUCGUUGGCUAUUGGAGGAAUAAGUUGGUUUUUCAUGAGAAAGAAAAGAAAUGGUGAUACGGGAAAUUCGAGACAUCAACGUUAUAAUGCCGAACUAAAUCAAGUGCCACAAAGGCUCUCACUUGAUGAAAUUAAG